CCUCAUCCCUCUCCCCUCGCCGGCCGCGAAGAGGAAACCCUAGCCUCCCCCCCCAAGAAGAGCAGAAAAAACCCUCAAGCAGAGAUCUCCAAGAAGGCCGAAGAUGGUGAAGUUCCUCAAGCCCGGGAAGGCCGUGAUCGUGCUCCAGGGCCGCUACGCCGGCCGGAAGGCUGUCAUCAUCCGCAACUUCGACGACGGCACCCGGGACCGCCCGUACGGCCACUGCCUCGUCGCCGGGAUCAAGAAGUACCCCAGCAAGGUCAUCAAGAAGGACUCGGCCAAGAAGACCGCCAAGAAGUCCCGGGUCAAGACCUUCGUCAAGCUCGUCAACUACCGGCACCUCAUGCCCACCCGCUACACCCUCGACGUCGACCUCAAGGACGUCGUCACCCCGGACGUCCUCCAGAGCAAGGACAAGAAGGUCACCGCCGCCAAGGAGACCAAGAAGAGGCUCGAGGAUAGGUUCAAGACGGGGAAGAACAGGUGGUUCUUCACCAAGCUCAGGUUCUGAUCUUCGGUCCCGUUUGAGGAAUUGGGUGUCUGUGUUAGGUUCUUUUUGACGUAUGGAUUGAGUGAAAAUGGUGGACCAUCUGGAUUUGAUUGUAGUGGUUUAUUUUGGAGCUUGAUCAUCUCUUUCAAAUUUUGAUAUCUGUUACUAUUACCGUUCUGGGUUUUGGAUCUGCUUCUGAUUUGGACAGAAUAUUUCCUGCGUUGAGUGCUUGGGAUUGGGUGAAAAGAGUGCACCUGAUGCGUGCAUUUGCUGGUGCAUUCUACAGUUAGAUCGUGUGCCAUUGAAUUGAGCUUGUCACGGUUUGUUAGGUGGACUA